GAUAAGAUAAGAUUCUCCUUUAUUCAUCACACAAUGGGGAAAUUCGUGGAGUUACAGAAGCAAACAAGAAGGUGUACAGUACAAGAAAUAAAUGUGCCAGCAGCACUUACAGCAUAACAACACUAUGGCACUCCCACUUUGCUUUAUUCAAAGAAGAGGCACAGUAGCAACAACGUGGUGUGAAUAUUCAGGACUCUACUGUAAGUAACAAUACAGUACAAAAAAAUAAAUGUCCAUCAGAGACGACAGCUUGGCCAUAAUUCAAUUUAUAAUUUAACAGCAUUAUAAGACAGGCAUACACAUAUUUGCUGACCCUUUGACAGACUGCUCACACAGCAAAAAAAAAAGCUUCUGCAAAAACUUUUGGAGAUCUUUGGAUUGUUAUUCCGCUAGAGUUUCCUACUCUGGGUUAUGUGCCUCAUACUGCACCAAGCUAAACAACAGUAAUAAUAAUGAACUGAAUUUAUAUAGCACUUUUCAAAACAGGGUUAUAAAGUGCUUUACAAGGGUAGAAAAAUAAAAGAAUUAAAGGUGAAAUGUGAGGAACACAGUAACUAAAGUAUUACCGAUGAGUAAUUCCAUUUUGAGGAGGUGCUAAGACAAAACCCAAGUAUACUGUAAGCUCCAAAAUACUCAACUGAAAGUAAAAGCUUCAUCCAGUCUUAAAAUUCUUUUAUGAGUCAUGUGUUUCAGAUUUUUCAUUAUGACUGCCACACUCAGACAAAACAGUAGCAUACAGUGUGUAUAACUUAGACCCAAAAUUUGCUGAAUACACAUGCUUGCAUCAGGUUUUAACUUCAAUUUCCCCCCAGCGCGCCCCCUGCUGUUUUAAAGUGGAAGGUCAGGCAGAUGUUAGAGUGAAAGGGGAAAUCCACCAAAUUGAAAGUGGGGAUUACACAAACGUCAAGUUCAGAUACAUUUGAGAAAUCCCGGAGGGCCAGGGCAAUGCUAGGUCACUGGACCUUAAAAUAAAGUUCAAUCAAUUGUACCAAAACAAAACAAUGGAUGGGGGUGCUUGGUAGUGAAUUCUAAAGUAUUGAGUAAUACAUAACCAAAGUAUUUAUUUAGUUAUGUUAACUGUAAUUAUAGCUCCUGAAUAUCUCACCAAAGCCUAAAUUAAGGGAAUAUUAGGCUAUGUAAACAUCAAACCAUACUUUUGUCCUGAAUCAUCUUGCUUAUCAAAAAGUCAACCCUCGGAAGUUGCAUGGUGGGGAACUGGUUUUCUUCAUUUUCUGUGUUCCUUAAAGUUUAUAUGUAACAUGACAUUGUUUGACGAAACCCUGAAAUACUCAGAUGACCAGAGUCAAAACGGUAUUUUAUAUAGUGUUCACACAAUUCCCAUUUUUUUUUAUUUUGCCACGUCUGAAAUUAAAGACUGUAUAAUAUUUAAUUACUCUGAUUAAUCCUGUAAUCAAUGAUUUCUGCUUUGAUUUAAGAAUUUUAUGUUGUACAUUAAAGGUCUAAAGAUCUUUCUCAGCCCCGACGAAAAUGUUUAUCCUGUAACUGUCAGGGAAUCCCCCUUCUGUCUGGAAAAAAAAAACCUAAACAAACACACAGACGUGAGUUGCAAGAGGUAGUUACCUUUUUUUGUCGCCAGAGGUCGCAUGUGUCCCACUAUUGACGGAGGAUGACCGUCACGUUUCAACCCUCCUUGUCUGUCUCACUGCAAGAAGUUUCUGAUAAAGAGACUUUCACAGAAACCAAAGUACCAAUGUCUUAUUAUAAACACCAAUGACAUUAUAGGAGAAUAAACAAAUACAUAGUGCGUCCUUUGUCGGAGAGAGAACAUUUUAGAGGUUGCCGAUUCCGCUGUGUUUAACUGUCCAGUCGGACGUGGUGCUGAAAUGCUGAGUCCGUGCAAGCAUGCUGAGUUGAGUUUGGAAUCAGGCUACAGAAAGCAUUCAAGCGAAAAAUAGUGCACAUAGUAAAUAAGCAUGAACACUUAAAGAAGAGUAAAAGAUGUGUGUUAAAUUCUUCAAAACACUAGUGUCGACCUGCAAAGUAACUGCAAAAACUCGACCUCCGUAUCACUGACUCAAGAGGGAACAGCAGAGAGCGCUUCACAAAUGCGAGUUAUAAACACGAUGUUUACCUUUAAAGUAAUCGCGUCCCCGCGCCAGCUUUCUAAUUGCCAAUUAUUGUGCGGAGAGACACGCUUGCGGUUUAUUUGGCUCUGUAAAGCUGUAGCCUGGAUACAGCAGAGAGCGUCCUUGGUAUUUGUGAUUGUAAAGAGCAGGAGAACGAUUGCCGAGGGGGGAAGACUGAUAAUUUGAAGACUUGCCAGGGGUACAUUGUCAAAUUCAAAAGGCAUUUCAAAGAGGCAAACCAUUCACUUUUUUUAUUCUCUCUUCUUUUUUCUUCUUUCGCUGUCUUUUUUUUCCUCCUUUCUUUCUUUCUUUCUUUGCGCACGGUUUCCAGGCCGUUUGAAUCGACCAAUGGGCCUUCAAGUUAGAGACAUUGGAAUGUAAAUGAGCCCAGCGCGUGCUCCCGGCGCAGUGAAAGCUCGGGAUUGUUUAUUGAGCUCCCGGAGCCACGCGCCUGGCCCGGGGGAGUCGGCGUGCAGAAGAAUCACACAGCGGGGGCGGGGCCUCGCGACGAAGCGUGCGUCUCCCAAAAAAAGGGGUGGGUGGGGUGUGUGUUGGGGCGCGUGUUGAAAAAGAGGAGUGCUGCCAAAGUUUGGGUCAGAUCGGCUCGUGGAGUAAGCAGUCAAGAGAGACUUGGACAAGAGUUAGCCACACGGUCCCCACGCGAAGGACACGAGAGCUGUAUACUGCCAACGCUUCCUGCUCGUCCUCCCACUGUUUGAGGCUGUACUCAUCCUCUGCAUCCAUCACUCCUGAACAACUGUCAUCGAGAUGGAAACUACAACCAUCACCACAACGCAGACUGCAUUCACCUUUGGACUUACUGAAAGACGCGCCACCAUCAGCCUGCACGCACCGGCUCAGGACUGCACCGUCCCCUCCGUGCACCCAAACACGACCACCGCAGAAGACUUCCAAAGCAAAACCAAGGUGCUGAAGAGACAGCGCUCUAACUCGCCAGAGCUCCUGCGCUGCAAGCGGCGCCUGAGCUUCAACGGCCUCGGUUACUCCAUCCCUCAGCAGCAGCCGGUGGCCGUGGCCCGGCGGAACGAAAGAGAGCGGAACCGGGUCAAACAAGUCAACAUGGGCUUCCAGACGCUGCGUCAGCAUGUGCCAAACGGCGCCGCUAACAAGAAGAUGAGCAAAGUGGAGACCCUGAGGUCCGCGGUGGAGUACAUCAGAGCUUUACAGCAACUUUUGGACGAGCAUGACGCAGUGUCGGCUGCUUUCCAGUGCGGGUUGCCAUCCCCGACACUUUCCAACAGCUACUCCGCUGACCCAGAGUCGCCUCACUCCACCUACUCAUCAGAUGAAGGUGGAUACGAGCCUCUGAGCUCCGAGGAACAGGAGUUGUUGGACUUUACAACAUGGUUCGACAGGUACUGAGGCACACAGUGUCCAAAUUACACAGAAGCGCCUGUGUGUAAAAGCGGCUACGUCUUUCAACAAUGCUGACAGAGACUUGCUGAAGGCGACAGAUCAGUGUUGCUCUUCGUGCUUGGAAGUGAUCUGUCGCCUCCCUCCCUCACCCGGGCUGCUUCUGCAUGGCAAAGCAAUAGUGAGAAAGGGAAGAAAGAGUGUGAGUGAGCGGGAGGGAGCCUCUUGUUGCAUGAAGCAGGGAGGGAGCUGGACUCACUGGUCACGUUGAGGCGUGGAAGGAAAGAACUGUUGAUGGUGUGGUCGAAUAAGUGCAAUUAAUACGUGACACAGCAGACUCUGCAGAGCUAUGAUGAGUUUAUCACAGCAGGACUGCCUUUCUCAUCUGUCACGUCUGCUGGAAGACUUGACAAAGAUGAUGCAUCAACAGACUUUUUGUUGUAGAAGUUUCCCCUUUUUACUACAAAACUGUAUAAUACAAACACUUGUUUUAUCAUGAAGACAUAUUUUUGUACACUGAGUCAAACAAUGUCACUGCCACUUUUCCUAACAGUGUUUUUUAGAACCAGCUGUCAGUGAGACAGUGAGUCUGCAUGUUUAAGUUGUGUGACUGGACAGCAAUAUCAUGGCUACUACCUGUGACAGAUUGUAGUUGUUUUGUUAUUUUUAAAUAGGUGGUAAGGAGACCUUAAUUAAUGUAUGCACUUGUUCUCCCUUCCCUGUAGCCUAAAAUGUAAAUAUUUGAUUUUAACAGAUAUAUUUUGUGUAAAACAGCUUUUA